GGAGAUAAAUCCUCCAGGAUGCAUUGGUGCACCUCCCAUUUCCACUUGAAUUAGGAUGCGGAAGGCUCGACCUUUUUUCAACUCGGUCGCGGCCACGCUCUAAUGUGAAAGAAAAACCGGGUUUCCCGAGUGACGUGACCUUCUUCACCUGUUGCAUUGUUCUUCGCCAACCAGAGAAGUGACAAAAAGGUCAAGUUGCCUUGCCUUUGGCCAUUAAAGUUAGAUUGAUCAACAUGCCCACCGUAACGGAAAUGUGCCUGUGUCAAAGCGGUUUGAAUAUCCGCAUCAAUAGCACGAUUGAUGACACUGACCCACCGGAGCGUGAUUGCCGCAUCGAGUUCGCUAUGAUCACCUUGAACAGUCUCUUCAUUUAUGUGACUCUGAUGCUCCAUUUACACGUGAAGUUCUGCUCGUCCAGGAACCGACCUGCUAAUAGAAGAAGAGGCAUGAAUACGCCCAUACCGAUUUCGGCAGUGCCACCCGAUCGACGAAUCGUAGGACACAACUUGAUCUGGAUCCUCAUGUUGUGUCAAGUGAUGUGCAGUCUCUUUGCUUUGGUUGAGAUCCUGUUGAUCCUCGCCAAACGAGACGUGUUAUUCCUGGUAUCGUUGAUCGAGACUUUGAUUACCUUCAUCACGUCUAUCUUGAUUCCGGUUUACUUUGAUGCCGUUGAGCUCAGAGGUGGAACGGUUCAGAGGAAAGUGCAAGAGCUCCUCCCACUCGUGUGCCAGUUUUUGGGGUCUACCAUCAUUCUGGGGCUUCGAGCAAAUCGUUUCUCGAGUAAUACUACUCCUAGAGUGGAGUCCUUUGGCGACAGACAUCUUAUAUUCAUGCUCACCGUGCUACAAGUCAUUGUAAACACUACACUCUUCCUCAUUUUGAUGUUUGCUUUGGUAAAGAAGGUGCUCCUUCACGAUCGACGAGCGGCCUCGAAACGACCUCCCCUCCCUGGGAAUGGCCAAUAUCCAAAUGACAACCCAAUGACAUUCGAUCACGAAGCGGAUAUAGAUACAACUUUUGUCUACCAAUACAACCACGUGUCUUUCUUUUCCAAGAUGUGCUUCACAUGGCUGCUCCCCCUGCUUCAAAGAGGCUAUCGAAACCCUCUGGAAUUGACAGAUUUGCACAAACUGCCAGCCGAAGAGAAGGCCCGAAGACAAUAUGAGCAUCUGAAGGCCUGUAUCAAACAGCCCGAGAAACGCGUGCUCAAGGCUUGCCUUAUCAUGAACUGGAAGCUAAUCCUCCUCGGGGGUUUCUUCCGAUUUUGGUCGGAUGUCUUUGGCCUGGUUGGAGCGAUGAGCAUCAAGUUUAUUGUCGACUCAAUCUCAGAGGACUUUGAACAUAUCUUGGCCGAAGAGAGCAACAACCAAACGUCCCCAGGGAAUGGAUCUUCAUCAUUGAUUGCGAACUCGGGUUACGACUCCCACUCGAUUUUCAGCAACUUCUCCAACGAAGACCACUCUUUGGCCCCAUUAACUCUGGAGGAGUUCUUUUCGGAUAGCUUCGUCAUUGCCAUCAUCAUUUUCCUAGCAGCCUUGGGCCAAGGAGCCUUCUCCCAAACAUCCAGUCACCUUCUCACUAUAGCUGGAGUCCGAUCCAAGAAUGCCUUACAUGUUUUGCUUUAUGAAAAGGCUUUGCGACUUCCGGUGGGAACUGUCCAACACACACCUGUCAUUAAGGAGGCCCUUUGCAUCUCAAACACAUGCUCCACCGAUGAGGCCGAAGAGGCCAAUGAGGGCAACAUUGAUAUUGGGUUUAUCACAAACCUGGCCUCAGAGGAUAUCUUGAACAUCCGGGAGCUGAUCUGGAAUAUUCACUAUCUGUGGGCUUUACCUCUCAAGGUCAUAGUGAUCAUUGGUCUCCUGUACCUGAAGAUGGGAGUAAGUGGCGCCACUGGCGUUGUCAUUGGAACGCUCAUCAUUGUUCCACUCCAAUUCCUGACAGGAAAACUCAUGUCAGAUAACAAUAAGCGGAUUUUUCAAGCGCAAGACAUCCGCUUGUACAAAUCCACUGAAACUAUGCAAGGCAUGAAAACAGUAAAACUAGGUUGCUUGGAAGAGGCCAUGUUUGCCAAGAUUGAUGACGCCCGAGAUCGUGAAUUACGCUUUUUACGCCGGGAUUCAUUCUUUUGGUCCAUCAUGGCGUUUUUGGCAAGUGUCUCGACAAUUAUUGUGAGUACAGUCACCGUGGGGCUUUAUGUGGCCUUGGAGGAUACCAAUUUUAGCGCAGCCAACAUUUUCUCGGCUUUGGCUCUCUUGGGACAGCUCACAGUGUGUCUGUCUGUGUUCCCAGUGACAAUUCCCAUCUUCAUCAAGGGCAUUGUGAGCAGGUCACGACUGCUCGAGUUCUUUGCCCGCUCCGAAGUAAACAUCUACAAAGAUUACUCGGACAACAAAAAACCAUCACAGUCUUGCGGUAGGACAGUGACAGCUUCACCGGAAAUAGGACCACUAGGUGAGGUUCAUUUGGAUCAGGAGCAAGAAGAUGAUGAGGAAGAAGAAGAUGAUGACGAAGAAGAGGAGGAGGGUGAUGGCCUUUCAAACAUUGAGGAAGAGAAAGAGUUCUCGGAUAGUCAAUCCAAAUCUGCUCACCAAGAUUCCAGGAAGAAUAGCUGUCAAAACAAUAACAUCCACAAGUUCCCAAGUACUGCAUUUUCAAUUCAAAACGGCACGUUUUCAUGGCCCAAAACCAACGCCAAUGUUUUGCGUGACAUCAAUCUUGAGGUGAAAACCGGGGGCCUCACGAUAGUCAUAGGACCCUCAGGCAGCGGCAAAACAGCCCUCAUAUCGGCUCUCACCGAAGAGAUGGAACGACUUCGAGGGAGCAUCAAGUGGCAUUUACCCCCCUCUGUUGCUCUUACGGGACAAAGACCUUGGUUGUUGAAUGCCUCCAUACGUGACAACAUUCUUCUAGGGCGAGCAUUUAAGGAAAAGCGUUACGAAAAAGUUCUUCGUGCUUGUGAUUUGGUGGCGGACAUUGAACUUUUACCAGAAGGCGAUGAAACGGAAGUUGGUGAACGAGGGGUCCUCUUGAGUGGUGGGCAGAGACACCGAAUUGCAAUUGCCAGGUGCAUUUAUUCGAAAGCUCCUUGCACGUUCUUGGAUUCGCCCUUCAGUUCAUUAGACUCGAACAUCACUACUCACAUCUUUCAUGAGGGAAUUCUUAGGAUCCUGCUCAAGCGCAGAAGAACGGUCUUCAUGGCCACUGAUCGAAUCGACUUCCUACAAAAAGCUGAUUGGGUUAUCUACAUGAGUAAGGGCACAAUUAAGGCCCAAGGCUCCGUGGACGAGAUUAUGAGACACUAUCCAGAGUUACGCAUCAAUGUUAGGCACAUUAUCUCCAGAACCUCAACUUUGAGCUCGGAUGACGGACUGGUUGAAGGGAAAACCGCUCAAGAGAGAUGGACUUUACUGAAGAACGUGACCAUAUUCAUGAAACAAAUGCAAAGAGCAAGGCUUGUCAAAGACUCAUCCAAGACCAACAAGCCUCAGUUCAGCCGGAACAUUGGUCUGCUCAAGAAGAACAGUUCCACGAACAAACUUGCUCGAACUCAAAUCCGAAUGGACAGUUCCUCGCAAUUGACCUUAUGCCAUGACAUCCUGCUCCCCUCCGACGAGUGUGUGGGUUCAAACAAUAUAUUCGAGCAAGGAUCCGGACUGACCAGGACAGACUCUCGUCGAGGUCAGUAUGGAAGUCUGCGGAAGCAUCGGAAGUUCCGCACCAGUAGUGGAUCCAGCGUAGGAAAUCACAAGCUCAAGUCAAUAUCACGAGCCUCUUCAUGGAGUACCAGCUUCAAUAAUGGGGUGCCUGUCACCUCUCUAAAACACGGUGGUCCUGUUAUAAAUCCGGCCAAUCGGCGUCUGGCAGGGGUGGGGAGUUCCAACAGUUCCAUUGGCCUUGUUCGACAAAGUGCCAUCUGUCAAGCACCUUUACCUUCAACGGGAUCUUUUGGAACACCUCGUAGUGUGAAGCAUCAGGGCGAGUUUCAACGAAUGCGUUCAUUCCACCACAUGUUGGCCUUUAAAAACCGAUUAGUUAACUCGGGGAGCAGUGCUUCCUUACCCAAACACAGCUCUUCUGAGCCUGAAGGCUUUUCUUUUGAAAGCAACAUGUCCUCAUUUCGGUCUCGCUCCACCAGUCGGCAAUCUUCAUAUCAAGAUUCAAAUGCUUCCUCCGUGGUUCUCCAUAAGCCCGCCUAUCCUCUUCAUUGUCGGGUGAUGCGAAUGACGUCAAAUGCAUCCGCCAUCUCCCAGAUCUCUGGGUUCAGCGACGAUUUCCACGAUGACGACGAGGACGAUGGUUUGAUUGUCACCCGAGAAUCGUCUAGCCAGGAGAAGCGGGAGUAUGGUCAAAUUGGAAUUAAUGUUUACUCCGAGUACUUCACGGCCGGGGGCCUUCACUUUGCCGCCAUGUUCUUGUUCCUGUCCAUUGCCCUCCAAAGCAUCAAGGUUUACAUGGACUUCCUGUUACGAGACUGGUCUCUGGAAGCCGGGAAUGUCCACAACUCUGUGUCAAUGUCCUACUUCACCUCGUAUAGCACAUUCUCCAUCCUCGUGUUGGUGUUCUCGUGCUCAGCAAAUCUAAUUGGUCAGUUAAUUGGGGCCAGAGCUCGGAGAACACUUCACUUUCGAAUGCUCACCAACUUACUACGAUGCCCUCUCGACCUUUUUGAAGCCCAUCCAAUUGGACGGAUUAUCAACAGAUUCUCCUAUGACAUGUUCGUGGUGGACCAGAAACUUCCUGCCUGCGUUCAACGUCUGGUUCUGGUGUCCUUGAUUUGCAUCUCGGCCCUGGUGGUCAAUUCGAUCCAAUCGCCUAUAUUCAUUGUCUUUGCCGUUCCCAUGAUUGGCAUUUACUGGUGGCUGCAGCACUACUAUCGGUGUACUUCCCGAGAGCUGCAACGAUUAGAUAGUAUCAGUCGAGCACCGGUCCUUUCGCAUUUUUCCGACACAUUAGGAGGGUUGAAGACGAUCCGUGCCUUUCGGGAACAAAACCGAUUCCUGAACCAGUUGUGUGAAAAAAUUGAUGCCAACACCACGUCGUUUCUCAUCCUUCAGAGUGGCUGCAGGUGGCUGGGCGUGAGUUUAGAUUGCACAGGUGCAGUCAUGGUGUUCGUCUCGAUCAUCAUCAAUCUGUUUGUGUCCUAUCAGUCCCCCGGGGAGCAAUCCUCAGCCACCAUUGGCCUUUCAAUGAAUUACAGCCUUUUGGUACCCAUCUACUUGGCCUGGGUGGUCAAGUUUUUGGCUGACAUUGAAAAUUACAUGAACGCCGUGGAAAGGAUCCUAGAGUACACUGAUUUAUGUGUUGAAGAAGAGUUCCAAUUGGAGAACUGUGAGGACCAGCUCAGUAAUGAUGGAGUGAUUCGAUUUGAUAACGUUGGCUUGACCCACAGUCUUGAUCUGAGAGCCAUUAUUCAAUCGCUCAAUCUGGAAAUCCCGACCAAACAGAAAGUGGGGAUUUGUGGGCGCAGUGGAGCCGGAAAGUCGACCUUGGUAAUGAGUUUGUCACGGGUGACAAAUGUCCUUCAUGGGAAAAUCACUAUUAACGAUGUUGACAUAGCAAAUAUCCCUCUCAAGAAUCUUCGUCGCUUCAUUUGGACGGUUCCUCAAGACGUUACCUUAUUCAGUGGAACCCUUCGAAGCAACCUUGACCCUGAAGACCAAUUUUCUGACGCCGAGAUCUGGCACAGCUUGGAACACAUCGGACUCAAGGACAUGGUCCAGAGUCUUGCCAAUGGUUUGGACACGGAAGUGAUCGAAAACGGGGACAACUUCAGCUUGGGCCAGAAACAGGAACUCGGUCUGGCCAGAGCCAUUUUGCUCAAGCCUCCGAUCUUGGUUCUGGACGAGGCCACGAGUGCUCUAGAUCCGGCCAGAGAGAUCCAACUGCACAAGUGCCUACUAAAGGCCUUCGCUGAUUCCACCAUCAUUGCUGUUGCUCAUCGUUUGGCCAAUAUUGUUCCUUACGAUCGUGUCUUGGUAAUGGGCGAUGGUCGAAUUCUAGAAGAUGGAAACCCACGAGAAAUGCUGAAGAAGCCCAUGGGGUUCUUUUCGUCUCUUUGGAGAGCGGCUGGGGAAAAACCUCUCUAGUAUUAGCUUGCAACUACAUUUAUUCCUCACAGAACAUACAGUAUUGAAUUGCACCACCAGUCUCCAGUUUAUGAUGAUAUUUUGCCAAGCUUCGAAAUAAUAAUGGACAUUAAUGCA